UUUGUUAUUAUAAAAGUCGAAGAGGAUCUAUACGUUAGAUUAGGUACAUUUUGAGAAUCCAGGGUAUCGGAGUCAUAGGAGCAAGCAAGCAUGACGGAGAAUACACAUACUUUUGACGAGGAAAAGAAGCCCGAACUGGGGGGCUUGGAUAACGAUACAGUUGCCGCCGUCGACCACGGCAUACAAGUCAAUGCCGCGGGGUAUAGAGAUCAGCUGAAGCGUCAAUAUGGUCUUCUCGGGAUCGUCGGGUUUGCCCUUACCGUUGAUAACGCCUGGGCGGCUUUGGGAUCUUCGAUAUCUGUUUCAAUUCUGAGUGGGGGACCUCCAGGUCUGAUUUUUGGCCUCCUUGUUGCUUUAUUUUGGUAUUCCUUUAUAGGUAUGAGUCUGGCCGAGCUUGCUUCGUCAGUUCCCACCGCCGGCGGUGUGUAUCAUUGGGCAACCAUCGCAGCUGGACCAAACUGGGGUCGAACUGUCGGGUUCUUUACAGGCUGGAUCAACUUUUAUGGCUGGAUGUUUGACUUGGCAGCCCUGAUUCAAAUAACCUCCAAUAUUCUCGUUCAGAUGUACGCGGUUUACCACCAGGACACUUAUGUUCCGGAUUCCUGGCACGUCUACGUCACGUUCAUUGGUGUCCUAUGGACUUCAACCUUGUUCGUCAUUUUUGCGAAUAGGCUCAUCCCGUAUACCCAGAAUUUCGGAAUGUUCCUUGUCAUGGUCGGAGGUGUCGUGACGAUUAUUGUGAUUUCGGCUAUGAAUCCAGGUUCUCACGCCUCUAACCAUUUCGUGUGGGGUUCGUUCGAAGAAAACAACUUGACGGGUUGGCAAGGUGGUGUUGCAUUCCUGCUAGGAGUGCUGAACGGCGCGUUCACGAUUGGCACGCCUGAUGCCAUUACUCAUAUAGCAGAAGAACUUCCACAUCCAAGAAGAGAUCUCCCGAAAGCCAUGGGGCUUCAGAUAGGUUUAGGUUUCCUGUACGCGUUUGUUUUCGCUAUCGCGCUCAGCUACGCCAUUACAGACCUCUCGGCGUUGCAAGGUGGCAUCAAUACUUAUCCUCUUGCUGUCAUAUAUCAGCAAGCAACAGGAAGCUCAGGGGCGACCUUCGGCCUCUUAUUCAUCCUGUUUCUCACCAGCAUGUGCUGCUGUGUUGGAACGGUAUUGACGAACUCACGCACGUACUGGGCACUGGCUCGAGACAAUGCCGUGCCAUUCUCUGGGAUAUUCGGCAGGGUUAAUGAAGGGCUUAGCUGUCCCAUAUACGCAACCCUGUUCGUUUCUGUCGUCGCCACUGGUCUUGGUGCAAUCCCCUUGGGAAGCUCGAGCGCAUUCUUGGCUCUAACCGGCUCUUUCAUCGUUUUAACGACAGUGUCAUACGCAAUUCCGUUUACUGCUAACAUGAUUACCGGACGAAAAUACUUUCCCGCAGGGCCUUUCCACAUGGGUAAAUUUGGAAAUGCAGUGAACUUAGUAGCUGUUUUGCUUAUAGCGAUGUUUGUCAUAUUAUUUUGCUUCCCGUAUGAGAUACCUACAACCGUUGAGGCUAUGAAUUACAAUAGCGUGAUUCUUGUUGGAACUCUAACACUUUCGUCGAUAUGGUGGAUUGUACAUGGAACUCGGCAUUAUCCGGGGCCUAAGGUGAUGAAGCUAUAUAUUCAUGAUGACUUGGUUCACGCGAAUAAUGCAGGAGUAGUCGAGAAGUCUGAUACGUAAAUACAUAACAGGGGUAAUUUAAUAACUAAGAAUUCGCAAUAGGGAACUUGGAGUAUUAAAAUAAGACGAAAGAUUGGCGGUCGAAACCGACUCAGUUAUUCUUGACUCGGACUAUUCACUCAC